CAUUAGUCAUUACACAGUACACUAUUCCCUAUAGCCACUAGCCAGUCGCGUACAUGUCAUAGUAUUCUACUUACUCUACUGGUUUCUGUUGCCGAAAGUCCAAGUUUUAAAUAAAAUACCCGAUCAUGUCGUUUUACAUGUACGUCAGUAAGUACAUUUUGUACGUGUACAGUUUGAUGUAUCUGAUUUCGGCUAUAUUCUUCAUUAGCAUUGCCGUCUUCAUCAAUAGUAAUCAUAACCGGACCAGCGAUAUUGAUGAGGAUCUAAACAAUGUGACUCGAACAUUAAUUGUCGUUGGACUGUUUUUACUCGCUAUAGCCGUUAUAGGUGUAUGCGGCAAUUUCAAAAGGAGCACGCGCCUCUUGUCUAUUUAUGCCACAUUGCUCGCGGUCGUCGUAGCUACAAUAUUUAUUUUGUCAGGAUCCGCCUAUGUUAUGCACAAAGAAAUAGAAGAGUAUGGCAUGAAAGUCAUGAACCAGACCAUGAUCAAGUAUAAUCAGACCGGCGAAGACUUCUGGACUAUUUCUUGGGAUUACAUUCAAAAAGAUAGACUGUGUUGUGGUGUUAAUUCAUCCGAGGAUUGGACCAUAGUAACCCAUAGCGAACAACUACCGUUAUCAUGUUGCUUUAACUGGCCAAAUGGCCAAAACCCAUGCAUAGCACAUGACGCAUUUCAUAAGGGCUGCCAUAAAUCAAUGGUCGACUUUUUUAAGUUUAACAGGAGAGAGGAUAUUAUUACGACCGAAAUUCAAUUUGCCACAGUUCAAGUAUUGGUUAUUUUGGUGACAUGCUACCGUCGACAUACAUUAAGGAACGAGUAUAAAACGCUCUGAAGAGCGUUAAAACUAUACAUUUUCAUUUCUAACAUACGCACAAUAAUUUUAUUGAAUUGAAUUCAUCACAAUAUAAUAAUCCAAAUGUGUUAUAGUUACUAUUUUAUUAUUUUACACUGUUGCUUACCAAAUGUUAAACACAAAAAAAAAUAUUUAUAUUUGUUAAAACAAUUAUAUUAUGAAUUUUGUAUAAUAUAUAUUACAUUCUAUUGUUACUAACAUCAAACCUUAUGUGCAAU